AUGUUCAAGCCUUUAUUUAAUAAAUUAAAAAUUAUUAAUAAUGAUUCAAUUGCAGUAAAUUCAAUAAAAGUCAACAACAAUCAUGAUGAUUGCUAUAAACCAAAAGAUAGCGAAUUAUGGUGUAAAGAAUGCGUUCCUCAUUGUCUAAUUAAAGGAUGGACCAGUGGGAAUAAUGAUGUUGAUGAAUUUAUCAAGGAUACUAUUUAUAAUGCAAAAUUAAGUUAUACUGGUUAUCCAUUAUUUCUUGAAUGGGUAUCAUUUGACAGAUUUGAAAAUAUGAAAAAAAUUGGAGAAGGUGGAUUUGCCAAAGUAUACUCUGCAACAUGGAUUGACGGUAAGGCAGAAUAUAAAAGACAAAAUGAUGGAAAUUGGAAAAAAAGAGGGCCUAAACCUAUAAAAGUAGCUUUAAAAAAAUUAAAUGAAUCUCAGAAUAUUUCAACUGAUUAUUUAAAUGAGGUUAAAACACUUUGGAGUAUUUAUUUUAAUGAUAGUAAAUAUUAUUUAAAAUUUUAUGGAAUGGCAAAAGAUACAAAAACUAAAGAAUUUAUGAUGAUUCUAGAAUUAGCAAAUCAAGGAAAUUUGAGAUAUGUUCUUUCAAGUAAUUUUAAUAAUAUUUUUUGGAAUAAGAAAUUAAAAGUCUUAAUUAAUAUGUUAUAUGACCUUAAAAAUUUACAUAAAUUGGGAUAUUGUCAUAAAGAUUUUCAUAGUGGGAAUAUAUUACAGAGUGAUAAAUAUUCUUAUAUUUCGGAUUUUGGAUUAUCAGGGCCACCAAAUGAACAAAAAUCUGAUGACAAAAUAUGUGGAGUAUUACCAUACAUUGCUCCAGAAGUUUUGAAUGGAGAACCAUAUACAUUAUUUUCUGACAUUUAUAGUUUUGGUGUAAUUAUGAUAGAACUAUCAUCUGGAAAACCUCCUUUUUAUAAUAGAAAACAUGAUAUUAGUUUAGUAUUAGAAAUUUGUAAUGGAGUCAAACCUGGAUUUGGAAAGGGAACUCCUGAAAUUUAUAAAAAAUUAGCUUAUAAGUGUAUGAGCGUUAUUCCAAAUCAAAGACCAACGGCAGAUGAAUUAUAUAACAUAUUAGAAUUUUGGCAUAAUGCUUUUAUGGAUAAUAAUCAAUAUGAAGUAAAAUUUGGUUAUGAAGGGAAAGAAAUUAAAGCUGUAUUUAGUGAAGCUGAUAAAGAGACACCAAAUAUUUCAACUACAUAUGAAAAAAAUCCUGAUGCCAUAUACACAAGUAGGGAAUUCACAUUUAGCAAUUUGCCAAAACCCAUGAAUCCAUCUAUUAUUACUUUAUAUCUUGAUGAAAAUAAUAAAGAUUGUCAAGAUUCUAUGUUAAUCAAUUUAGAGGAAUCUGUUAUUCAAUUUUCUGAUAAUGAACGAAGUUAUACUUAUGAUAUUAUUAAAAAAGUAAAUUAUCCACCUGCCACUUAUCUUAAUUAUACAAAAAGUCAAAAAGCUUUUCGAAUUCCUGAUAAUUAUGAAGUGGAAUUGAUUUUGAGAAAACCUAAGACAGGACAACAAGAAAAAUCAAGUUCAAAUGCAGCAGGCCUUAUAUCUACAAUAUUUGAUCAAGUAGCGGCUAAAGAUUGUCAUUCAGAUGAUAAUCUUAUUGAAUUUGAUGCCAGAAGUUGUUCUUUUUGCCUUAGUGUUGAUAAGGAAAAUAUUGAAGAAAUAAAGCUUAAAGCAAGAACUGCCGUUUAA